AUGAUAGAUAAGAACUGGAUUUUCCAAAAGGAUAGAUUAUCGGAGGAGUUUUUCAAUGGACUUAAAAAUUUUCUCAAAUUAUCAUCCUUUCACUUGAAUGAUGAAAAUAAGAUUCGAUGUCCAUGUGUUUCAUGUAUGAACUUAUACUAUUAUGACUUGGAGACGAUUGAGCGCCAUAUAUUUGUAAGAGGAUUUUAUACAAAAUAUGUUUUAUGGGAGUUCCACGGGGAAGAUAUCACAGAAAUACACGAGGAUGAAGAGAAUGCAGAAUCAAUCGUUGAGGAAGACAACACAUUAUAUGAUAGUGAUGAUGAAGAUGAUGACGAUAUGAUACCAGCAUUAGAGGAUUUGGCUAAUCAAUCUCAUAGAAAUAGUGAGUUUGUGAACCUUGGAGAUUCAAAUGGCGACAACAAUGCAAGGAAUUCAUUACCUAACUUAUUUGCUGAAGCUGAAAAGGAGUUGUACCCCGGAUGCACAGUAUUCUCGAGCUUAACAUUUAUUGUUAAUCUAAUGCACAUUAAAGUGAUGUGUGAUUGGAGUAACAAAUCAUUUGAUCUGUUGUUGGACUUACUUUGGAAAGCAUUUCCCAAAGACAAUAAGAUUCCACGGUCAUAUUACGAGGCUAAGAAGAUGUUGCGUGAUCUUGGUUUAAGAUAUGAAACCAUUCAUGUAUGUAAGGACAAUUGUGCUUUAUUUUGGAAAGAGAAUGAAAAUGCUGAAAGAUGUCCUGUAUGUGAUCAUGAACGAUACAAAUUUCAAGGAACUAAAGGCAAGAAGAUCCCAUACAAAAAGAUGCAAUAUUUUCCCAUAACUCCACGUCUACAACGACUUUUUAUGUCUCGCCAUACAUCAACUGAUAUGAGGUGGCAUAAGGAAGAACGUGUUGAUACUGAUGGUGAACUUAGACACCCAGCUGAUGCAGAAGUCUGGAAGGAUUUCGAUCGACAAUAUCCUAAUUUUGCAAAAGAAACUAGAAAUGUUAGGUUGGGAUUUGCAACAGAUGGAUUCAAUCCAUUCGGUGAUUUAUCAAACGCACAUAGUAUGUGGCCAGUGUUGCUAAUGCCAUAUAACAUGCCUCCAUGGAAAUGUAUGAAACGAGAAUUCGUAAUGAUGGCAUUACUAAUUCCAAGACCCAGUGCUCUAGGUAAAGACAUAGAUGUCUUUUUACGACCUCUAAUUGAUGAGCUCAAGGAAUUAUGGGAAAAUGGGGUGCGUACUUUUGAUAUUGUUGACCAAGAAUAUUUUACAAUGCGUGCUGCAGUAUUAUGGACGAUUAAUGAUUUUCCAGCAUAUGGUACUGUGUCUGGGUAUAGCACUCAAGGGUAUAAGGCUUGUCCUGUUUGUGAGGAAGACACAUCUUCAUUUCGAGUAAGAGGAAAAACAUGUUUCAUGGGUCAUCGUCGAUAUUUGAGUCUGAACCACCAAUGGCGCAAGGAUAAAGAGUACGAUGGCACAAUUGAAAGACGUUCGGCUCCAAGAAUUUUAACAGGAGAUGAAAUCUUGGACAAAGUAAAAGGUUUAUGGAAAUGUAGGCCAGGGAAAAAUGAUAAGAUCAUUAAGGAAGAUAAGCAACAAAUGAAGGAUGCAUCUUAUGAAAACAAAACAAACUGGAGGCGAAAAAGUAUUUUGUGGGAGUUAGAAUACUGGCCUAAGUUAAAACUAAGACAUAAUUUGGAUGUGAUGCAUAUUGAAAAAAAUAUAUGUGAGAGUGUGGUCGGUACAAUAUUUAGUAUCGAUGGGAAGUCUAAGGAUACUGAAAAGGCAAGACUUGAUUUACAAGACUUAAAUAUUCGGAAGCAGCUACACAUGAAAAAGAAAGGGAAUAAAUGGUUGAAACCAGUAGCAUGUUAUACACUAUCGGCAAAGGAACGACAAGAAUUUUGUACGUUCAUAAAAUCUGUAAAAUUUCCUGAUGGAUAUGCAGGAAAUAUUUCUCGAAAUGUUAACAUGAAAGAUGGAAAAUUAUUUGGGUUGAAAAGCCAUGAUUGUCAUAUCUUACUGCAAAGGUUGUUACCUAUUGGUUUAAGGCCAUAUUUGAAUAAAAAGGUGAUGGAUGCAAUUGCUGAGUUAUCAUUGUUCUUUAGAAAACUAUGUGCGAGGACAUUAAAUGUGAAAGACUUAGAUGAAUUGGAAGAGGGCAUUGUACUGACCUUAUGUAAAUUGGAAAGUAUUUUUCCUCCUGCUUUCUUUGAUGUGAUGAUUCAUCUUGCGGUGCAUUUGCCAUUAGAAGCGAAGUUGGGAGGUCCAGUACAAAUGCGAUGGAUGUAUUCAAUCGAAAGGGAAUUAGGUCAUUUAAAGAAAUAUGUAAAGAACAAAGCUCGACCUGAAGGUUGUAUUGCUCAAUGA